GUCCAUCAAUUUGAAAAAAGAUAAUCUACUGUUAUCUGGUCUAAAGGUUAUAAACCAAUUAAAUGUCAAAUUUGACAUUCAAGUCCUAUUUUUCGUGAACUUUUUAUUGCUUAUAGGUUUUAUUCAUUUGAAUUUUAAAGUUUCUCUGUUGCACAAAACCAAAUUUAUGGAGCCAAUAAAAUUUAAUGGAUGUUUUAAAUUGGUUGAUAUUGAUUGGCAGUUUGGAGGUUUUUAAAUAAAUUAAUAUUGUCAAAGAACAUCUCUUUAAGAAGUUAGUUUUAAUAAUAUAUAUUGUUUUCAGUUAUUGCUGCCUCAAGUGAAGAGAAUCUUGUAGGGAAAACUUAUGUUUGUUUGAAAUUCACCUUGGAUAAGGAAAAUAUUAAGGAGAGGGUACAUCUUGAACUUUCUGUGCCCCAGUUUUACAAUAUGUUGCAUGAAUUAGAAAAGGCUAGGAUAAACUUGGAGUGUUAAAUAAUUUGGUCUGUAAUUUGUGCCUUAUUGUGUUACCUAUGUAUUUUAACGAUUUGUUAUUUUGUUCUUUUAUUCUAUAAAUUUGUUAAGAUCUAUCUAAUAAGAGGCUUGUUACAGCCGUUGUCAUGGCGAUGUUCAUUAAAUAAAUAGUGUUAUGCUGGAGAGGCUUGUUUCUUGAUUUUUAAGAUAUUCAUUUAAUACAAGAUUAGUUAAACUUAUUUGAUAUGAUGGCUGCAAAAGAGCAAGUAAAAUAUGCAACUUUAAACAUUACAAAAGCACCAAGGCCACAGGAUAAGAUUUAUUGUUACAAAGAUAGCGAAUUUUUAUCCCAUAACUGUGCUUGUCAAACUGUAUACCGUGAAUCUGAAGCACAAACUGUGCCAUGGACUCCUCCAUACAGAGUUUUACAAUGCAAAACUCCAGAAGUUCUUACACUUGCCUGUCUUUCUUUUGAUAAUGGAUUUUUAGUUACUAAACAUGAUGUUGAAAUUCUUCAUAGACUUCGAAAAAAAAGACAAUGGGAAAAAUACAUGACUCGUAAUUAUUCUUCUGAAAAUGAAGAAUAUCGAUUCAAAAUUAUCAAUGAAAUAGAAAAACAUGAGUGGGAUGCUAGAGAAAAGGAAAUUGAAGAAAUAAAUAAGUUACGAAUGCAGUUAGCACAAGAACAAAUGUUGGAACAGAGAAUGAUCGUUCAGGAGCGCAUGAACGAACGUAUUAAAAGAGUAAGAGAACGAUGUGCUAACGAAAAGAGAAUCAAGCUACCAAAAAUUAAUGCAAAAUGUGAGAGAGCUCUUCGGAAAACUUAUUUAAGGCCAUCAGGACAAAACAGAUUGAAAAAGCUUAAUAUAAUUGAGAAAUUUCAUUAUUUGUCUUCUGACUUAAAUGCACCAUUGGCUAUGUUUGGAAAGAAUCCUGCCUAUGCUCAUGAAAAACUAUGUAUUGAUCCACGCCCUAAAAUAAUUGGAGAUGUGUAUAAUGCCCUCUGGAAAGGAAUAUCAACGCCAUUACCUCAAAUAAAAGAAAGAUAUCUGAAAAAGCAUUGCUGCAAAAGAAUUCAGUUUUAUUGUAUGCCUGAAGAAAUACCUGUCGGCCAAAUAAACCAUUUUCAAAGAUUGCAUAAGAACAUUGAAAAAGUGAUGACUGGUCCUCUUGCUUGUUCAUUGGGUGAAAUGGAUGAAGAAGAAGAAGAAACUUUAAAAAAUGUUGUCCUACUUCAAAGUAUCAUAAAGGGACGAGCUAUUCAGAGUAUGGUGCUGCGUCACAUGAAAUCUCAUAGAGAUUUAGUUCGAGAAUUAAAAUCUACUGUUGGAUUAAAUCCUAGAGAUAAACAACAAAAAUUGGAUAGGAGAAAAGAUAUUUUAAAGGGAAUACGCAAUUUCAAUAUUGCUAUGCAAAAGAAAGGUAAAAUUAUUGGAGUUAUUGAGAAGCUUGAGGGCCAUGCAAUAUGUGCAAUGCUUGACUAUACAUCUGCUGCUCUGGUUCGUUUAGAAGAUCAAAGAAGGGCUCAUUUGUUUGCCCUAGCUGCUGAAAAAGAAAGAUGGGCUCGGGAAUCAGCUGAAGCUGGUAGGAGGCAACAAGAAGAAAUAAGACAACGGCAACAUGAAGAAAUUUAUAAACAAAUUCUUAAAAUGCAUGAGAUCACUUCUGAUGUUUUAUUGGAACAAACUGUAGAAGAGCAAGUUAAAGAUACUUCAAAAGCUUUGGCAAUACAUUGGGCUGAAAAACAUGCUAAGGAAGUGGAUAAAAUUUUAGAUUUGUCUCAGCUUGAAGAAUUUGAAAAAAUGGAACAUAUCACUAAACUGACAAACCAGUUUUUACUUGAUCAAUUAGAAAAAAAUCAAAUUCGAGAUGAGUUAAAAGCUAAAACAGCUAUGCUACGAAAGUAUGCAGAAACUGUAAUUUAUGACAAUGAAAAUGAAUUAGUUGAAGUGGAAAGUUCAUCUGAUUAUACUACAAAUAGUAUUAUGAGAAAACUGUGCCCAGUUGAAAAAGAAGGAAAAGAAUGGGAAGACUUUUAUGAUGAAGUAUUAGAUACAACACGUGAAGUUAGGCAGAUACUAACGGAUAAUAUAGAAAAUAUUCCUCUUUAUGAAAAUCCUUCACUCGUUAAAACAUUAUUUGGCACUGAAGAGGAACAAAAAAAGGUAGAUUUAGCUAAAAUUGAUACUGAAAAUAAAGAAAAAGAAUCAUUAGAAAGGGAAUCUGAAGAAUCAAUGAAACCUGAAGAAGAAAAAGAAGAGUUGAAAGAAAGUGAUUCUGAUCAAGAAUCAAGAGGAAAAAAAUAUUUUGACGAUUCACAAUCUAGUUUUAGUUCAUCCAAGAAAAUUGAUUCACAGCUGAAUGAAGAAUCUAGGAAGCGAGCCAAUUUUUAUAAGAGAAUUGACCAAGAGGAUGUUGAAUUCAUUAAUAAAUUUAUAAAGUGUCCAGUUUCAUCGGAAGAAAUUGUAUCAUCUGAUGAAACAUAUGAGUCAUCAGAAAAGAAAAUUACUUCAAAAGAUUUGGAAUUGGCUAAAAAAAGAAGGAAAAUUUAUGAAGAAGGAGAGAAAAAAAGGUUUCUGGUAACAAUGGCCCAAAAGCUCUUGGAACAAAUUAUGACUAGAGCCAAUAUUAUCGCGAAAAAAAUUAAAGAAAUUACUAAGGAUACAGCAGAAAUGUCAAUAAAUGAAGCAUGUGCUGCAACUUUGAUGCAAGCAUAUAGAAUAGUUUCAAAAGCACUACUGAAUUUUAGAGAUGAAAUAUCAGAAGAUGGCUUAAAAAAGAAAUUAGUACCAUGGUUAGAUACAAUUCUUAGUGAAGCUGAAAAAAGUGUAUUCGAUCUGUUUGAAACACUACACAAAGGAAAGGAAUCAGUUACAGCUGAAUUUAAAGAAGAUAAAAAAGUUGAGAUAGAUCAGCAUAAGGAAGAUAUAAUAGACGGUACUGGUCCUAGUAUGGAAAGGCUUCCAUUGAUCCCAGAAGCCGUUUCUGCAGAUUACAUCUUCAAAGGUGAUCCUCGUUUAUGUGCUGAUAUUAAGUAUAUUGAAGAUAGUGUUCCAAAAAGCUCACUAGUGCGAAGAAAAGAUGCAAAAACGAAAAUUGCAGAUGAAGAUCUGGAACGCUUAGUGUAUGCAGGGAUUCUCAUUGAAAAUAAAUUAUCUAAUGUCCCAGAAGAACAACAUUAUGAGAAACCCAGAGCAGUAAUUAAGAGUAGAAGAUGUGAUACUUUUGACAAAGAAUCAGAAUAAUUUUUGACAUUAUACUGUGCUAUCCAUGAGCUUAUAUUUUCUAGAAAAAUAAAAAAAAUCUUUUUUUGCAUUUCGCUGUUUUUUUUUUUGUUUUUUUUUAAUGCCUAUUUCUAUUUCUUUUUUUUAUAGAGUAUUACACUAAUGUAAUAUUUGGAUUUAAAAAUAUUAUUUGUUGAUUCCAAUUACAUUAAGGCAUAAAGAUUUGACUGCAAUAACUGUAUAUAUUGUCAUAUUAUUGAAGAUUCUAGCCCAGUUUACUCAUUUUCUACAGAUUUCAUAAAAGCAUCAAUAAAAUAGGUUAUAGCUGGCUUUGGAAGAUAUAAGAGUAUCCAAAGCGAUAAUGAAAUAAAAAAAUCUUUACUAUUCUGGGACAUAAGAAGCUUUAGAAAAAGUUAUGAAUACAUUUUAAGGUUACCGGAACAGAAUGGCUUUACUAUCUUUAACUUUAUUCAUUUUUAUUUAUAAAUACAUUAAUGUAUUGUAGAAAAAAUAAAAAAGCACCAUAGAAAGUUACAAAAACAAUACAAAGAUUUGAGUGCAAUAACUGCCUACCUAUAUUAUCAUAUCAUUAAUUGAUUAUUAAAGGUUCUAGCACAGAUAGUUUAUGUAGACUUCUUAUCACGGGAAAGGUACCUUUCGUCAAAAUGGCUUAGUUUUUGCUUCAUCCAAUUAGUUUCUCAGUAUUCCUUUCUUCUGGCAGUCUCCCCUCAGCAGUGCUAGUCCCAACUAUUUCACUAAUGAUCCUAGACGGUGGAAAGGUCCCACAACAGGCAAUUUUUAUUAUUUAGUAGAGAUAAUAUUGACUAAAUCAGGAAGUGAUACACUUCGGCGUUAAUUUUUCUUGGUUGUAACAACGAACUCUACGGUUGAAAGUAAUUCUUUUAUUUGUUUUACAGACAAACGGAGCUUUUUGCUUAUGUACUGUUUCAGACUUAGUUCCUAGAUAUAAGAAAAGCUACCAGUAUCUUGUGAGAUAAAAUAAAUUAUGGUUUCUGCUAUUUUACCUGUUAAAUGUGUUGCAGAUAAAUAAGUUUCAAACUUUAUUUAUGGACAACAGUGAGAGUAAUUCAGACGACAACUACCAGUCUGAAUUUGACUUAGAUAAUGAUGCAGACUUUGUUCUAGAUGAAAACGACAUAGUUGAACAAACAAUUUUAGAUAAUAUAAUAGAGACAGAGAAAGGCACUAAAAACAUAUAAGGCCGUCGAAAAAAUAAUACUCUUAAAAAAUAUUAUAAUUUUAUAAUUAUGUUGUUACGGUUAUAGUUGCU